CUAAGCUAGAAAAUGGCGUCUCUUCCGAUUGCCACUACCACCAUCCUCCAUAGCAGCAAUAGCUCUCCUUCUUCCUCAUUCGUUCCAAGAACGCCGCAAGUUUCUAUAAAUAGAAAGAGCUCAUAUCGUCUGCAUGUGUCAUGCAACGCCGGAAAAGAUGACAACCAGCCGUCUUCUUCUCCCGGCAAGUUUGACCGGAGAAAUGUGUUGAUUGGGCUUGGUGGAUUAUACGGUGCGGCGAGUCUAGCCAAUCCGUUCGCCUUUGCGGCGCCCAUUAACGGGCCGGACAUCUAUAAAUGUGGCCCCGCGGAUUUGCCGGAAGGCGCCGAUGGGGUAAACUGUUGCCCCCCGACCGUCGCAAAGAUCAUCGACUUCGAACUUCCGCCGCCGCCUGCCGCCAUACGCGUCAGACCGGCGGCUCAUUUGGCAGACAAGGCGUAUGUCGAGAAGUUUACCAGAGCCGUUGAUCUCAUGAAAGCGCUCCCCGCCGACGAUCCCCGGAAUUUCAUGCAACAAGCUAACGUCCACUGCGCUUACUGCGACGGCGCGUAUGAUCAACUCGGGUUUCCCGACCUGGAGCUUCAAGUUCACAGCUCGUGGCUGUUUAUGCCCUUUCACCGAUACUAUUUGUACUUCUUCGAGAGAAUACUGGGGAAACUGAUCGGCGAUCCCACCUUCGCCAUGCCGUUUUGGAACUGGGAUCACCCCGCCGGAAUGCAAAUUCCGGCCAUUUACACCAACCGGAGCUCGCCGCUCUACGACCCUUUGCGCGACGCGAAGCACCAGCCGCCGACCAUUAUUGAUUUGGACUUCAACGGAACGGAUUCCAACCUUAGCAAUCAGCAACAGGUUUCUCAGAAUCUUACUAUAAUGUAUCGACAAACCGUGUCGCUUGGACGGACGGCCAGUACUUUUCUUGGAAGCCCGUACCGAGCCGGCGAUGAACCGGAUCCCGGCAUGGGUUCCCUGGAGACCGUCCCACACGGCCCGGUUCAUAUGUGGACCGGGGAUCGAACCCAGCCGAACAUAGAGAACAUGGGGAACUUUUACUCCGCCGGAAGGGACCCGUUAUUCUUCGGUCAUCAUUCUAACAUCGACAGAAUAUGGAACAUAUGGAAAACCAUCGGCGGCCGGCGGCAAGAUUUCACCGACCGGGAUUGGCUUGAAGCGUCGCUCCUGUUUUACGACGAAAACGCACAACUCGUGCGCGUUAAGGUGAGGGACUGUUUGGACACAAGAAAACUAGGGUAUGUCUAUCAAGACGUGGCAACUCCAUGGCUCAACUCUCGUCCCACGCCGCGGCGGCCCUCGAGGAUUCUGAGCAAUGCAAAGAAGCUAGUGGAAGCCAACGCGGCCGACGCGACGCCGGCGCCGGAAGACGUUUUUCCGGCGACGCUUGACAAAGCGGUGAGAGUGAUGGUAAGAAGGCCUACCAGGAAGCGAAGCAAGAAGCAGAAGGAGGAAAAAGAAGAGAUUCUGGUGAUCGAAGGAAUAGAGUUGGACAGGGAUGUCUUCGCAAAGUUUGACGUUCUGAUCAACGACGAACACGACGAGGCUGAGAUUACGGCGCAGAACACGGAGUUCGUCGGGAGCUUCGUGAACGUGCCGCAUCCACGAGACCAUAAGCAGGGGAAGGUAAUGAAGAUCAAGACGAAGCUGAGGUUGGCAAUAACUGAGGUGCUGGAGGACUUGGAUUCUGAAGACGAUGAACAGUUGUUGGUGACUUUGGUUCCAAGGAAAGGGUCUGGCGCGGUGAAGAUUGGUGGUGUCAAGAUUGUUCUUGAGGAUUAAUAAUAAAAGAACCUCUCUUUCUGCCUCAAGAAAUUAAACCAGGAUUCUUUUUUGAGUGUUUCUUCAUUUGGUGGCUUCUGGCCUUUGAAACUCUGAGUUUUUGACGGAGCUUCGUUUUUUAGUCAGGGGUUUCCUAUUUUCUUUUGUUUGUUUUUUAAAUCUCAUAAUAAAGUCCAAUGCCGAUUCAGAUACCAACCAUUGAAGAAAGUUGCAGUAGUUUCAAAGAUCUAAAGCUUAAGGAUUCUGCCAUAUCUGAAGGAAGAAGUGGUUUGAUGCUUGUGGAUCUCAAGAGGUGUACUGCUGCUUAUCUUUUCUUUUGUGUUCUAUCCGUUUUUUUGUGUGUUUUUCUCUUGUUUGUGUGACGAGUUUGUUUUCCUCUUGUUUCUUUUGGCAAGUUUGUUUUCAUCUCUUUUCCUUUGGCGAGUUCUUUUCUUCAAGUGUGAAACAUAUAAGUUGGUCAUGACGAUUGUGAACUUCAUCUUGGGUGACAAAGAUGACAAUGUAAAAGAGCAUCUGCAUCUCAGCUCGAUGGAUAUAUUGUCGACUGAUGGAAAACAUAUAUAUACUCAGGUGGUGUGUAAGAAUUUUCAACCAAAGUUAGUCUUGACUACGUUUGAUCAAUUUUUCAA